UAUGGCUGAAUGCGGCAAUUCCCGAUUCUUAGAGCAUGUUGGAAAGGCUGAUGAGAUUCAUGGCUUGCCCAAGCAACGGCGAACAAUGACAGCUCAGCGGGGAGCUACGGUUCUGCCCUUCAUACCUGCGCCUGAGAGAAGGUGGCUCUCUGUGAGGAUUUUUGUCUCCUCUACUUUCCGGGACAUGCAUGGUGAACGUGACCUGCUUAUCCGCUCUGUUUUUCCCGAGCUUCGAGCGCGAGCAGCCCAGUUCUGCUUAGCGAUCCAGGAGAUUGACUUGCGCUGGGGGAUCACAGAGCACGAGAGCCGGUGGAGCAAGCAGGUGGAGUUGUGCCUGUCAGAAGUCUCACAGAGUUUCCUCUUCAUCGGAAUCCUCGGGGAGCGGUAUGGCCACGUCCCGAAAGAGACUUCCUUGCCAGAUGAACCGCAAUAUGAAUGGGUGAAAAAGUACCCAGCAGGCCGCUCUAUCACUGAGUUGGAGGCUGUUCAGUUCCUGAAUGGUAAUAAUGACCCCACGGCAGGAUCUAGGGCAUUCUUCUAUCUCCGAGAGCCAGACUUUCUUGGCUCCGUGCCAGAAGUGUGGAAAAAAGAUUUUGCAGCUGAAUCAGAAGAAGCUGCCCAGCGCAUGGCAGACUUGAAGGAACAUCUUGGGAAACAUGGAAACCUAGCUGCCUUUAGCAACUACUCCUGUCAGUGGGGUGGACUAGCCCAAGGUCAGCCUUAUGUGAAAGGUCUUGAAGAUUUUGGCAACAGAGUCUUGCAGGAUGUAUGGAAAUGCCUCCAGCACCAUUUUAUAGAGGGACGUGAAUUCAAAUUCACAGCAGACUCAGAGGAAGAGGAAGGAAAUGUUCUGCAAGAAUCUUUCCAGGAAUUGCAGCAGAGGAGAUUUUGUGCCCGGGCAAAGCUUUUGAACACCACAGCUGCUCAGCUGCGCGGUGGCAGGCUUUACGUUGUGAGCGGUGAGCCUGGCCAAGGAAAGACGGUUUUCUUGGCAGCGCUUGCAGAGAAGCUCAGGAUGAUAGUCCCGCAGGAAGGAGAAGGCUCUACUCCCCGUUACCACGUUGUGGCCCAUUUCACCAAGGCGGGACCCAAGCAGGCCGAAGCCCAAGUCGUGUUGGGUCAUCUCUUUGCCGUGCUGAGAAAGUUGUUAGAGAACCCUCCGACCCCACCCAGAAGCUACAGAGGGCUGGUGGCCCAGUUUGAAUGCCUUCUCUACACGGUGGCCAAGUUGCUGAAACGGGGCCAGACUUUGGUGCUUUUGAUCGACGAUGCUGACUUGAUCCAUGCCACUGGAGGAGAGCUGGUAUCUGACUGGCUGCCUGAACAAAUGCCCCAGCGAGUCAGCCUGGUUCUCAGUGUCUCUGUGGAGUCAGCAUUCCUUGAAUCUCUUAAGCGACGGAAGAAUGCCAUCUUCAUUCCCCUUGAGCCUUUGGCCCUUCUGGACAGAGCUGCCAUCAUCCGCAAAGAUUUGGCCCUGUAUGGGAAAAAGUUGGAGGAGUCGGCUUUUAAUAACCAGAUGCGGCUAGUGCUGAUGAAACGUGGCUCUCAGCAACCUUUGUACCUGAGCUUGCUAACCCAGGAUCUGCGGCUUUUUGCCCUAUACGAGAAGCUCUCGGAGCGGAUCCAGAAACUUCCUGUCUCUCUUCCGCUGAUGAUGCAACACUUGUUGGGUUGUUUGGAGCAAGAUCAUGGGCUAGAGCUGGUCGCUGUCACUCUGGUGUCUCUCUGGGUCAGCAGAGAUGGCCUAAUGGAACGAGAUCUCUAUUCCAUCCUUGCUAUCUGGAAGGAAUUGAAGGGGGCCAGUCUAACUUUGGAAAAAGCCAUUACUGCUGGAAGAUACGUUGGCAGCUUUCCCACAGCCCUCUUUUUUGACCUUCUGCGGAACCUGAGGGGUCUUCUUGGGGCUUGUGGUUCCCAGUCACAGCUCCCAGGUUCUCGGCUGCAGCUUUGUGGCAGCCCCAUGAGGACGGCCAUAGAACGGCGCUACUUGAAAAAACCAGGUCUGGACCACACAGCCCAUGUGCUCUUGGCAGCUUACUGGUGGAAACUCUCAAAUCCAGAUGGUUCCUGGAACUUCCAGAAGUCUGAGGCAGAGGCCCUGAUUGCCCUGCCAUACCACUUGGUCCAAAGUGGGCAUUUGGACAUCCUGGCAUCUUUCCUGACUAAUUUAAAGGUUGUCAGGGCUCAUCUUCAUCUGGGCCUCCUCCACGGCCUCUCUGAAGCCUACGCACUCUAUGCAACAGCUGCUGGCUCAGAGCUCAACGAGACAGUCAACUUGUUCUCUGACUUUUUGCAAAGAAACUUUGGGCUGCUUUCCCAGAAUCCCCUACUGCUCCUGCAGCAGGCGGCUAAUGAACCCAGUUCCUCAGACCUCUGCUUACAAGCCCAAGUGGCGCUGUGGAAGUGCGGGAAGCCUUUCCUGAAAUGGGUUAACAAGCCUGAGAGGGCCCGGCAGACCAAGAGUCUUGUUUUGAACCUUCCUUCCACUCCUUCUUCUGUUUCUCUUGCUCCUUCGGGAAAACUGGCCAUCGUGGGUACCGUGGAGGGGACAUUGCACCUCGUGGAGAUGAAUACUGGACAGGAACAGAAAUCUUUGUUGAGCUCAUGUGAUGGAAUCUCGGCCUGCGCGUUCUUGUCAGAAACAACAGUUUGUCUCGGGGCCUUCAAUGGACGGUUUGAACUUUGGAGUCUGAGAGAAGGAUGCAGGCUCCUGGGUAUGGAUGCUCACAAGGCCCAGAUUACAGACUACAGUACCGAUUCAGAUUGUAAACUGUUAGCUUCAGUGUCACUGGAUGGCACUCUUAAGCUCUGGGAAUCUGCACGUGGACGUGUGCUCCACCAGUGGGACUUCCCGUGCCCUUUGAACUGCGUGACCUUUCACCCAAAGAAUCAAUUGGUGGCUACUGGUGGAUGGGACAGAUCUGUCACUGUCUUGGAUACAAAUGGAAUGAGCAAGAUCUCGGUGAUGAAGGAUCAUGAUGCCUCCAUCCAUUCCAUUUCCUUCUCUUCCACUGGGAAAGUUUUGGCAGUGGGUACUUUGGCUGGUUCCAUCACCCUCUGGUCGUGGCAGGAGGCCACCAUCCUGGCUUCAUUCAUGGCUCACUCUGGCUGUGUCUCUGUGGCUCAGUUCCUUUCAGAAGGAAAACUUCUUACAGCAGGAGAAGACUGCAAGGUCCAGAUUUGCAAAGGCCGCUUGGGGCAACUUUGGAGCUCUUUAGGAUCAGGAGCUCUUUCUCCGGCCCUGUGUAUGGCCUCAAAUCUUGAUGGCAGCCGAUUGGCCGUGGGACACCACUCGGAUGGUGUCUGGAUCUACAGUCAUCCUUGGCGCUUGGAGACAAGCCAGAUUCACUGCCAAGGAAGCGGUGUGGCCGUCUGUAGCCUGGCAUGGUUACACAAUGUAUUUCUGGUUGCGGGCCUUGGCGAUGGGUCCCUUUGUGUCUGGAAGACUUUGGAGAGUAGCUCUGCCUGCUGUCAUCAGUUCAAGGGUCAUGAUAAAGCUGUGAUGGGCCUUGCAGUAUCUAAGAAACUGGUGGCUUCUGCCUCAGAGGAUUUCACCAUUGGGCUGUGGCUUUCAGAGACCCUGAGACUAGGCCCUGCCAUGGACGCCAGCAUCUCACCACUCUCCAUCCUCCGUGGUCACACGUCUGGAGUGACCUGUUGCGCCUUCAGCCUUGAUGGCAGCUAUCUUGCUACUGGAAGCAAAGACCAGGCCUUGUUUCUAUGGGAUGUAAGGGACCCUCUUCAGAAGAAUCCCUCUCUCUUGCGCUCCCUGCUUUUCUGCCACCAGGACUGGAUUUCCACCUGUGCUUGGAUUGGCACCAUGUUGCUCUCUGGCUCCAACGAUGGUACUGUUCGUCUCUGGGAUCCCACAACUAGUGAGUGUGUCCAGGAAUUCCUGGGCCACCAAAGUCCAAUCUGUGGUGUCACAAGUGAGAAAGAUCAUGUCAUCUCCGUGGGCAGGGAUGGGCUGCUAAUAACAUGGAAUCUCAAGGGAGUGGAAGAAACUCGGUUCUUGGCUCACCCAAGCCAGACCAACCAUUGCACUGGUUUCAGGGAUCCAUGGGAGAAAGACUUUAUGUUGUGUGCAGCUGGUGCUGAUGGCACUGUGAAAAUUUGGAGACCUUUGACGCUCGAGCAACCCCAAGUCCUGUUUGGACACUCUGCUUCUGUCUGUGCGGGUACUGCUACCUCAUCGUCUUUCUUGACAAUCUCCAAAGACAAGACAGCCCGUAUAUGGGCAGUUCCUAAGGAUGAUGCAAUCGAUACUGAAAAUCUGCCUCCUCACCAGGGUGCUGUCACAGCUGUGGCUUGGUCACCAGAUGGGAACUUGGCUGUUUCCGGUGGGGAACAUGGUGACUUGAUUGUCUGGCAAGGAGGAGAGGCUUUGGGGACAGCAAAGGUUGGCCUCCAGUGCAUCAGUGCCCUCACCUUCCCUUCUUCACAUACAAUCCUUGUGGCUUGUGAUGGGAUCAGCCUUUGGGAUAUAAGUGACAGCAGACAUAAUGUCAGAGCAGUUAGCUUGAUGUGUAGGAAAACCUUGUGGCGAACAAAAGGAAACUCUGUGCUGUGCAUGGGGACACUCUGGCCUCUGGGCCCUUCAGUCUGUGGGCUGAGUAAUGAAACCUUGCUGAUUCUUCAGCCUGGUGCUGACAGUUUCCAGCAAGUCAGGGAUAUGUGUAAAGAGUGGUAUGACAAUUCUGUUGUCUUUGAUAUAUCCCCAUCUGAUGAGGAGGAAGAGAUCUUGCAUGUCUGGCACUCCAUGGAGAAACCGCGCUUGCUGAAGUUGAAAGUGACCAAGAAUGGAAAGAGCAGAAUAAUUAAGCAAAUAAAGUGGACACCGAACAAGCCUUCUAGCUACGUCACAGUUGCCAGGCUGGUGAAAGACAAAUUGUUAUAUGGUGACUCAGAAGGAUUUCUCUGGAGUCAGACACUGCAAAUUGAGGAGGAGGAAGAGGAGCAGGAAGAAGAGGAGGAAGAAAUGUCUGAGGGCUGGCAAAGGAGGAAGAUCCAUAGUGACAAAAUUACAGCUUUGCAUCUGGUGGGAGACAGGAUUGUAACGGCUUCACAUGACCAGGUUGUGAAGAUUUGGGAUGGCAGCACAAUGAAACUUGUGGGCCAAUUCCGAUGCCAGGCCCCAAUUUCUUGUCUCCAGCCCUGCCCUCGCACGGACUCUUCUGUCCUCCUAGUGGUGGGUGAUACUCUGGGCACUGUUUACUUCCUGCAUUGGGGCCACCUUUCUGAGUGAGGAGCUGCUGAACUUGUCCUUUGAAUGCCAUUCUGUCUCUUUUGACCUGUUCAGCAAACCUCAGGUGCUGAGGUGAUCCUUCUGUUUCUUGUGACCUACAGGUUCUUGGUACCUGUGUUGCAGCUGAUGGUUGCUUAAUAAUCAUGAGGCUCAGACUGAGCCUUACAAUCAGAGAAGAAAUAAAAAUUCAAAACUCCACUUGAUCAUAGUGGAGUCUGGAUUGAAUACAAUUCCAUUGUUUAAUUAUAACUGUAAGUGGAAAAGAAAUCUUCUAUUUAAAUUCCACAUAAAUUUAAAUUAAUUUCCUUUGCCAUAUGUGGCAAAAGUCUCCUUUAGAAUUUUUUAAAAUAUGUUUUUUCCCCCUAUCUCUCAGUCCAAGCCACUUAUAUUCUCUCCAAACAUGAUGCCUAAUAUUGGUGAGAGUAUUAAGAGCAUCCUAACCUUUCUAUUUGGAUUUGUAUUACAGAGGAAACUAAUAAGUACUAUGAGUGAGACUAUUUGGGCCUAGUUAAGGCAGACAUGGAAUUCAGAUUUGCUUAUGGUCACUUUAGUGAACUUAUUUAGGGCUACAAAAAUCAGACAACCUAGACUUCCAUCUCUCUUAAUAGCCACUGAGGAGUUGCUCAGAUUUUUUCUACCAAGAUCCAGAAGCUCUAAAUUAAGAGUCUCACUUGGCCUUUUUUAGGCCUAGCCUACUUGCUUGGCUUCUGGCGACAAUUCCGUGUCAUUCUGUAGAUAUCCUUUGGAGGAAGGAUGGGGUUCAAAUGCGCUACAAGUAACAUAUCUAGUAUUUGGGUUUUCUUCCCUCCCACAGUUGAAAGAUAAGUCACAGCUAAGAGUAACCUUGAGAUGCACUAUCCAUUCUGUGCAUGAACAGAACAGCUGGUUUGGGAUGAUCUGUGCCCAGAAUGAAAUGGGUCUUGGUUGGUUUGGGCAGAACUGAUUGGGUGAGAAAGCAGGAGAAAGCCAAGUACAUCAGCAGUGGGAGGGAGGGAGGAAAGACCCUUGAGUCUGGCGGCCUAUGCUACUUUUGGAUUUUGUUUCAUCCAGAACCCAGAAAGUCCAAAGCAUUCUGGGAUUCAGCUCUGCAGAACUGUGGCUGAUCUAAAAUGGUUUGGCUGAUCCUUCUGAAUGUUCAAAACAUUCUGUGCACCUCUAUAGUGGAUAUUUGGUCUACUAGAGAAGGGAGGAUUAAAAUAUAUAAAUACACUAAUUACACUUAUUAAAAGAUACAAAAGAAAUGUUCUC